CCGAAACGUCAAUCGUGCUCAACGUUAGCAGACGAGAGAUUGAAGAUUCCCAGAAUUUUUCAAUACAAACGUUGGAGAGUGCAAAAAUGUAGGCAAAGAAUUUAAAUUACAAAAUGUUUGGAGCGUAUGACGGAGGCAACGAGUGAUGGAACAGGAAAGAAUAGAUGGCACAGCAGAUCAGACGAAACAAGAUGAUACUUUUCGAAAAGCAAAGUCGUCUGGAAAGAUUAAAAGCAUUAAAGCUUUAAAGAUUCUAGAAGGUCAAGGUUAUAUUGUUGGGAAAACACUCGGGAGCGGCUCAUAUGCUUCUGUAAAAAGCGCCUAUGAUAUAAAUCAAAAGCAUAAAGUUGCGAUAAAAAUAAUAUCGAAGAAGAAGUCAUUUAAGGUAUAUCUCACUAAAUUUUUACCGCGCGAAAUCGCGACAAUGCGGAAUCUGGGACACCACUAUGCAGUGAUAAAAUUUUAUCAAAUUAUAGAGACCACAACCAGAUACUUCUUUAUAAUGGAACUUGCUGAGAAUGGCGACCUUUUGAGGGAGAUAAAAGCCAAAGAGUACAUACAGGAAGACCAAGCUGGUAGGUGGUUUAUACAUUUGUAUGAAGGUAUAAGAUAUAUGCAUGGGAAAGGACUUGUGCAUCGUGACAUCAAAUGUGAAAACUUAGUUCUGGACAAGGAAAAUACGCUAAAAAUCACUGACUUCGGAUUUGCUAAGAAAUCGGGUAGAACAAGAAGUGGUGGACCGUCGUUGUGUGAUACAUAUUGCGGAAGUUAUGCGUAUGCAGCCCCAGAAAUUUUAAAAGGAAUUCCACACGAUCCAGAAAUUACCGAUAUUUGGAGCAUGGGAGUUGUAUUAUUUACAAUGGUAUAUGGGCGUCUACCCUUUGACGACAGUAACCUCAAGGAGUUGCUGAAACAAGUUUCAGGUCGAGUCACAUUUCCAGCGAAACCAGAUGUAUCAGAAAAGUGUCAAAUACUAAUGCUGAAAAUAUUCACAAAGGCGUCAGAUCGCAUUAUUUUGAAGAACUUUAGAGUGGAUACAUGGUUUAGAUCCCACAGAGGAGUCCAGAAUGUAGAAAAGAAUGAGAAAAACCCGCGUGGCACUUCAGUUGCAGACGACAAAAUGUCUGACGACACUAAAUCAAUUCAAGUGACUACAGAUAAAAAGACAAGCUAAAACGAUGGGGGAAAAUAGUCCAAAUGAAGACGCAGUAAAUAAAAAUGUUUAACUAUAUCAUGAAUAUAGCUGAUUUAUUUACCUGAAAAUGGGAGCGUUUACUAUAUACAUGAAGUUGUUGUGAAUACGCAAUAAACACUUAACAAACUUA